UUAUAAAGUAGAGAUAGGUAGAUAGAUAGAUGUUUUAUUGACCACAGGGACGUAUCACCGUUUUCUUUAGUUCACUUUAUAACUCUUCAUUAUUACCUAUACAGCAAAUAUUCUUAUAAAAUGAAUAUAACAUCAAUUACAAAUGCUGUAUGAUACCAAGUCAAAAAAAAUUGCUACGCUAAUAGUAAACAGUAACUGUAGUAAUAAUAGUAGUAGUAAUAUAGUGAACAACACACCAUACCUUCCUCAAAAAAAAAAAAAAAAACAUUACCUAACCUUCCCUUGCUUUGAUAUAAAUAAGAAUGAUUACCUUGCACUUAAUAAGGCUACAGGUGACCAUCAGGUACUUAACACCUUCCCUACUAUUCGACAUAUCCUCCCUAAUGAUAGCCACUCAGACAUAUCCUCUUUACAUCCACCCUGAGGCAUGUACCCACCCGCUAGACAUUGCUGAAUCUAUUCUUUUAAUUUCCUCUUUUUUUUUUUUUAUUUCUUGUCAAUGCUCAUAAAGAUUUAAUUGCUUCUAGUGCUAUAAGUUGUUGUAUAUCAUAGUGAAAGGCUUAAUUAUCUCUGGACAGGUGACGUGGGGUGGGGAGAGGCAGGUGGAGACGCAGGAGUCAGUGGAGGAAGGACUGUCCGGUGGUGAUCCUCGAGCCGUGAGUCACCUGCGGCAGUAUUGGCUGCAGGCGCCCUCCACGCUGCCUUAUAACUUGAGUGGGUCUUCCCUUUACCUGUCCAGCACGAGGGGCGACACCUGGUCAUUCGUGCACCACUAUGUUAGCAAACUCUUCGCAGGAGAACGCAACGGGUUUUUCAUAGAGGCGGGAGCGCUGGAUGGGCAGAUGCUGUCCAACUCCCUCUGGCUGGAGCAGGAAUUGGGCUGGACUGGGCUGCUGAUCGAGCCUGACAUCACCAGCUACACCGCGCUGCUCGCCAAGCACCGCAGGGCGUGGACCUCCAACACCUGCCUCUCCCACACCGGCCUCACCAAGGGAUCAGUGCACGUGUCCCUCACCCUGCCCCCGGGAUUACGAGCGCAGCGUUGGUACAUGAAGGGGUCGUCCUACCAGCUUGGUGUUACGAUGAAGACUCAUAGAUACGACUCCUUCCUGAAAUCCGGCGAGAAAUCCUUCUACUUAGUGAACUGCUUCCCGCUUCUCACCUACCUGCGUGCCCUGAAUGUCACCCAAAUCGACGUGCUUUCCUUGGACACUCAGGGAAGCGAGAUGGACAUUAUAAAGACAAUCCCUUGGGCAGAGGUGAGGGUUCGGGUAGUGGUGGUGGAAAUCGUCACUUCCAAAUUAGGUUCGCAGUUCACGGAGUACAUGAAACGUCUCGGGUUUGUCCUGGUGGCGCACUUCAAUGAUUACGUUUUUGUCCAGGAGGGAGACGCGGCCCUCACCAGGCUCCACUCGCAGGCAGGUUGGCAGCUCGUGGUCCUCAACCCGACGGAGGAGGAACCCACGAUCACCGCUAAAGACUAAGGCUGUGGAUUACGAGGUUAGGGUGUGGUUUUUCGCGUCUUCUUGUGACUUGAUGUGGGUCUUUUUAGCGUUCUGAUGUGUCUUGAAGUGUAUUUUGUGUUUUUUAGCGUUUCGAUGUGUCCUGAUGUUAUUUUUUUUUUUGUGUGUGUGCUUCGAUGUGUCCUCCUUUAUCAUUGUGAUGUCUUUAUGUGUCGCAGUGUGCCCUGGCGUGGCAUGGCAUUGUUUUGUUGUCUUUUUUCGUGUCUGUGUUUUAGCAUUCUGAUGUGUCAUGCCUGUGUGUCUUGGUGUCUUUUGUAUUUGUUAGGCUUCUUGUAACAGUGAGCGAUGGUGCCUGUGUAUCUUCGUGUGUGUGUGUGUGUGUGUGUGUGUAAGAGGGGCACCGGCUAAGGGCAACAAAAAUGUAGAAAAAAAAGCCCCACUGAGGCGCCAAUCCCCUCAAAAAAAAAAAAAAAAAAAAAAAAAAAAAAAUCAGAAAUUGUAAAAAAAAAAAAAAAAAAAAGUAUAAUUGUCUUCUGUACCUGUAUUUCUGUAACUGGUGAAGGAAAAAUGAAAUAGCAAUUCUCUCCCUCCCACAAUUCAUUAGGGAUUCUACCAUAAAAGGCUCCGAACACACAUAAAAGGACCUAGGCAUUCCAUUGCAAUCUACAGGUGUCUAUAGAACCAUAUACACUACCAAAAUGGAGUCCUCGAAGUCCUCUCCUAUGUCAUGUCCCUUAACAAAAUCAUAAUACAGGUUUUUUUUUU